AUGGCCACGGCUCCCCAGCCCCGUCCUCCUCCCUCCAAUUCAGGCGGACACAGGACCGUUAUCACAGUCUGCGUCAUCGUAGCGAUCCUUGGUCUCAUCGUCUUCGCGGCCAUCUGGGUGAGACGUCACAGCCCUCUCCGCAGGCUCGACGAGAUACAACUCCAGGCCGAACUGCAACGCUCAGGACUACGGCGGCGUCGGCGUCAACAAGAAAAACACCAGGAAAGGGGUAUCAGCAUCUCCCUGCUCCAGACCAUACCGAUCGUCAAAUACGAUGGAAACCCUGGCAAAAUCCGCCGCGUUAAGAGCUUGGACUUGGAGAAGGGACACUUGCGCCGAGAUGCUCGGAACUGGUCUUUAGAGCAGAGCCAACAGAACAUCAAAGGAAUGCACGCAGAAAUGGCCGAAAUCGACAGAGCACCUCGCAGACAACCAAAGGAUGGCAACAUGAAAAACCCCUACCUCGAACCCGAAGAGCCAGAAUGCCCCAUCUGCGCACAACCGUUUGUGAAGAAUGAAUUUCUGCGAGUCCUUCCAUGUGGUCAUCGACACCAUCAGAGAUGUGUUGACAGGUGGCUGCUGGGCUACAGCGGAACAUGUCCCGUGUGUCGUGUGCAUAUGGACGCUUUCUACCCGCAGUCAGAGGAGCCACCCACCGUUCUAACGAAGCCGGAACCCGUGAUGGUGAUUGGAGAAGAUCUCGAAAGUAGCCAGCAUCACCGACCAGAUCUAUUAUGAACACUAGAUUAUACUAUCUAAUCGCAUGAGCGUGUUAGGCAUGUGGAGCAAAUGAUAUCAACGCC